CUGGCAUGGCGCGUAAUCAAUGACAACACUUGUGGAGUGUGUUCUUGCGAGAGUCGUUAUCGGUGGAUUGUAACAUGGAACAAGGUGGCUGAAGGAGGCCAAUGUCCAACAUGAAGAAAUCAACACCAAGGGGAGGUCACUCUAACCUCCCCGUGCCGAAGCCUUCAACCGGCACACCGGGUAACAGUAAGUCGUUACUCAGGGGAAGUAACUUUGCUCACUCUGCAGAGGACAUCCCCAGGCGGGUACAAUAUAGUCUCAGAAACAACACUCCGUCGCCAACGCGCCGGACUGGUUCCCCCGGCAAUGAAGGGCGUAGUCGGCUAGCUGUGCCAGUGAGAGACCAUAGUCCACAAUCUGGUGUCCGUUACAUCACAGAGGAUCUCAUCAGGAAGAUGGCCAAGGAGGAAAGCCUGGAAAUGAUCACCACUCUCAACCUCACACUGUCCAAGGAAAACGGCAAGAAAAUAAAGUACAUAGAAAACCUUGACCGGUGUAAGAAGCUGACCAACCUGAAUAUGAGCUGUAACAUGAUAGAACGUGUGGAGAAACUAGAGAAGCUCAUCAAACUGCGCGAGCUGAAUCUGGCCUAUAACAACAUCACAAAGGUGGAAGGACUGGAGAAUCUGGCUAACCUACAGAUGCUGAAUGUCACAGGGAACAACAUAGAACACAUACCAAUCUGGCUGGGCAAGCGACUGAAAGCACUGCGUACACUACACCUGGGCAAAAACAAUCUACAGUCGAUGAGUGAGCUUGCUAAGCUGAAGCCGUUACCAGACCUGUUAGAGCUGACCGUGGCAGACAAUCCUCUGUGCCAGAUUCCCCACUGUCGCCUCUACCUCGUCUUCCACCUGCGCACACUCCAGGUCCUCGACAGCCAGCCAGUCACAGAGGAGGAGCGCAGACACGCACGUGAUAGAUUUGAGCAAGAUGAGAUUGAGAAACUGGAGCGUCUGCUUGAAACAGAGGAGGCUCGGAACAGGAAGCUGGAAGAAGUGCAGAAUCGCUCUGCCCAGGAGUCAUCAUUUUCAAAGGCAGCAGACGAGGAAAGAAAACGUCAGCACAAAAUUACAGCCGACCGUCUCAAUGAACUCGAGCGGGAAUUAGAAACUAAAAAUGAUCUGCUGAAGAAGAAAACCACUGAGUUAAACAAGGCCUGUGAGAAGCAUUACCAGUUAGAACAGGAGCUGGCCUUCCAUAACAUCGACUCCAAGUUUGACAGUUUGGGGACCAGCCCACAGCGGAACCAGCACGAUGAUAGUGGAGCACUAGACGAGAGCCCGUAUAUAGGGCGUGCCCGGUACAAGGCCAACCAGUACUCCCGGGAGAACUCCCUGGGGGUGUCCCCGCCCCAGCAGGCUCGCUACCACAACGUGUCGGCUAGUCCACAGAAAGGUGAAAUCAUGGAGAAGAUCCACGGACAACUCGACAGUGCCCUGGCAGACAAACAGGACAAGGUCUCCAAAAAUGUGCAAGAAGCGGAGGACCGCCUGAAACGCCUCACGGAUGACUUGAUGGGGACAGAGAGGAAGCUGCUUCAGGCAACAAAGGACCUCAAGCGUAUGGGUGACAUUACAGAGAAGGAUGACGUCAAGGUGCAGCUACGCCAAAGAAUGGCCAAGAAAAUGCAACUGGUGAACGACCUGAAGGACAGUGCCACCCAGAUAGAGGAGGAGAUAGAUAAGACAGUGAACAGUAUGCACAACAGCAAGGUGGAUGUAGCUAGACUCAAGGGUCAGCUUGACCGCCUGGACAGCAAUGAUCCAAAAUACAGGAAGGUGUACGCUGAGAUGGUGGACAAGGAACAGCAGAUCAGUGAGAGUAACCAGAUGUAUGGACAGCUACAACAACAACUAGAGGUCAUGCUGGACACCAUCGCUAAGGAAACAGCUGACAUCAAGAAACUGGAACUGCAGCUUAAUGAUGAUCACAUAGAUGCCAACGAGUCACUGCGUACCGAGCUAGACGAGAUUGUCGGCGGUCUCCAAGGCUACCUGUCCAAUGUGAAACAGCAGGGUGUCCGUCGCCAGCGUGACUUUGACUCAAUUCUGGGAGAAAAGUCACAACUUGAAAAUAAGGUGUCGCAACUGGAACAGGAGCUUAGUGUUAUGGAUGCGGAGGCUGGGAACUAUAAGGCUAUGGAACAGCGGCUAAUGGAGAUGGAACAAAACCUGAGUGACACUCAGAACUUCAACAAGACACUGGAGGAUAAGUUACACAAGACUCUCGCCAAGGACGUUGAAUACCAGGACCAUAUGGAAAACACCUCCGCUGAAGUCCUAGAUCUCAAGCGUGCAUUGAAAGAGGCUGGAAGGAAGUCACAGUAUGACAAACAGGCAGUCGAAUCACAGUUGAAGAUAGAAAAGGAGCGUGCUACAAAAGCCCUGCAUCAGGCAAGCCAGGCGUCAGCUGUGGACGAGGAAAACAGGCGACUACAACACCAGUUAGAGGCCAUCAAGGCCCAGAAUCUAUCGUAUAAGGAACAAUUGGAAGGCGAACGACAGUCUCGAGUGCGAGAAACAAUGCCACAUAAUGAGAUCAGAAAGAGGCUUAAAGAUUUGUCACACAGUGUAAAAACUGGAAAGACAAAUGUUGAGCCUCAGGAUGACAGAGACUACCUGGGUAAAACCUUCAAAGACCUCCAGCAUUUCAUGUCGGACAAAGUCAACAAGAGUUUCAGGGAAGCGGGUGAUGCUAAGAAGAAGACUAGCCAAGCUGAUGCAGAAAUACAGGCAUUAAAGGAAAGCCUUACAAAGGCAGAAAACAGGUUAUUAAAACGUGACGACAAAAACAAAGACAAGGACAAUAAGAUCCAGGCAGAGAGGAAGGCCAAUGAGGACGAGAUGAAGAGGAUGCAGAAUGAGUUACAGAGACUGAAGGCCAAGCUGAAGGACACGAUGGAACGGGCAGCUCAAGGUCGUCCCGUCACUAAGAUUGUGUACCGCCCGGAAUCUGAGUCGGACCGAAGCUCCAUGAACUCCGAGGAGAAGGCAUUGUUCGAUGAGCUGCAGAGAGAGCUACUAGAAUUACGACGUAACAUGAGAAACAAGGAGGAGGAAAACGCACGCAAGAUGGUAGACAUUGAGUCUGAGGCGGCCAUCAUGGAACAGGCACUGAGGGACCAGGAGAAGGAGUAUGAGAAAGAGCUCGCAUUUACUCGGGAUGAACUGGAGGACCAGAAGGAAAAACAGGAGGCACGCAUGCAAGUGAUAGGACAGGACUUGGAGCAGGCUCAGGUUGUUGCGAACCAGCUGAGACAGUGUCUCGACGAGAGAGAUAAACAGCUGGUAAACGAAGUACAAACCACUGAUAUGUCAAACCACAUGAUGAAGGGUUUCCAUGCCAAGUCAGCCGCCCAAGAAGAUGAGCUGGCACGUCUGUAUGAGAUACUGGACGCCCAGAGGGACGAGAUUGAGCACCUGAACGGCAUGUUAGACGAGCUGUACAGCAGCCCCCGUGGACCAGUCAAUCCCGGUUUUGAUGACGGUCUCUGGAAAUUACGCCAGGAAGUGAAUCGCCUUAAAGAAACUCUUGCCAUGCAGUCUGCCUACAUACAGACAAUGCCAAACCCCCUGAGUUCGGCCGGGACACAGGCUCAGACAGACAUCCAACCAGAUACUGGCUUUAAUCAGAAUGUUUAUGCUAGCCAGACAGGUGGUCCAGUACCGCGACUAAACCUUGGUACACAGCCUGGGGUACCCGUCUCAAUGAUGCCAGCCUCUCCACAUAGACCUAAUCUGGGAACAGCCUACUCACAGCCCACAGCCUACAUGCCUGCAGCAGGUGCAGCUCCAGGUGCAGCUCCAGGGGUACAUUCAGGCUACGCCAGUGACCCCCCGCAGACUCGGGUAUCCUCAGCAAGGGGCAGCGGUCACCGGCCACGCUCAGAGGACGCACGCCAAGGUCACCGGUCUCGCAGGGACAGAGAGAGAGGUGAUGAUGACAGAAUGAGCCAGAGAAGCCACAGAAGUCAGCGUAGCCAUGGCAGUACUAAGGGCCGCAGCGGCCGCAGUCAUGAUAAAGACCGGCGUCGGCAACACACGUCUUCCACAGCCCCCAAAACAGCAUUUGAACCUGUGCAGCGCCCCCAGGUGUAUCGCCCAGUACAGGGAGGAUAUGCUGCCCCCAACAUGCCAAGUAGUGCCCCCAGUGGUGUCCCCACUGGUGCACCAAUGCCAGGAACAUCAGGCCAGUAUUUCCCAUCUGGAGGUGGAGUCCCAGUGGGUGCCCCCAUGCCAGGGGUUCAUGGCCAGAACUUUCCUAUGGCAGGUCAGUCAAACCCUGUAGGUGCUCCGAUAAUGGAUGGGUAUCAGGCACCAUUCCCAGGGCGAGGUGUACAGCUUGACCCAGGAGCUAGUUCCUGGGGGGUGCAACCAUCAGGACAGCGCCAUAUACGGGGUCUUACCACAAAUCCAAUCCUCCAGAGUGGAGGAGCUGGAACCCAAACACCUGGAUAUGCCUCGACUCAGACAAGCGGCGCCCCCUUAGUAGCAAUGGCUCCCCCGUAUAAUGCAGAAACACAGACUUACAUACCGGUGGCAGCUACACCUGCACAAAACGUACCCUACAACAGUGGAAGAGUGUUCUUACCUGCUUACUCCACUUCCACAGAUCGCCCUGGAGGCCGCAUCUACUAUCCCCAGGGUGGGAGAAUUCCUAUGGGUGGCCCUGGGGGUGGGGGUGCCCCUCCACCACCUCCACCACCCCCUCCUCCAGCAGUGAUGCAGUUUACGCCAGGGUCCCCCGGGCCCAAAGUGAGUUUCCUUCCUGUGACUCCCAUGGCUACAGGAACGCCAGUGAAACACUCCCGAGUCAACGCUUCGCUCAGUGCACCACCCAGUCCAAUACUGGCGGGGACCCUAACCAUGGACGCGUCCGGUCAGCCCCGUGGGAUCCUCAAGGGCAACGCUGGAGUAGACGAUGAUAGCUACCUGUUCUGCAAUGUGCCCGAACAUCAUGACCUGGAGGACUAUAUAGCCGAGCUCCAAGAAAAGUUAAAACGUCUGAAACAUCGUAUUCUUAAAGAACAGGAGGAAUCUAGAGCCAAUGAGGAUCACCGGUUGAUAAAGAGGCUACAGAACGAGUUGGAGGACCGGCGGGACGAACUGGAAGGACUUGAUCUGGCCAUCGACAAACAGAAGAAGUCGCUGAAAAACCUUCGCAAGGACGAGAGGCAGCUUGAACAGGGCAAAAUGGAGGCCAAAGAUGAACUAGAGUUCCUCAAGGCAUACAGACAUAAGUCUAACAAGAAGAAGAAAAUGUGGAAGAAUGCUAUGGACGACCUGGACAGUUCGGACGAAUCUCUGGAUGAGUACCUGGUCAAAAGUCGUCAGCACUUCGUCAGAAAUGAGGUGGAAGGAAUAGAGAAAACCCUCUCUAAAAGGCGUAGUCAGCUAAGGGAUGCAGACGCUCUCCUGCGACAAUGUAACACCGAUCUAAAAGGGGCCAGAGACCAGGCGAGAGACACUAUUGACCAAUAUGACUCUGCUAACCACAACCUCAAGUCUACAAUCAAGGAGACCUCGGAGCUAGAGCGAAGAGCCAAUCAGGCCGGAGUCGAACUCGUCAAGGCUGCAGACCAACUGAGCUCCUUGAGGUCAGAGGUCAAGGACAUGGAUAGAAAACGUGGCAAACAGGAACGCUUACUCCGGGACGUCAACCAGGUGCUGUCUAAGAGAGAUUUGGAGUACAAAGACCUCGACUCCCGCACAAAAGUUGCCUCCCAAAACCUUUCCCGGUUACAGUCAGAACUCCUGUCAACAGAACAACACGAAAAGCAAACACUUUCGUCGCUUCGAGAUGCAGAAGAUAUUUUAAAUAAACGACGGUCAGAAAUUGCGCGGAUGCGUGAUCAGCAUAAAGAAAAGAUUGAGGUACAAAGACGUGAACUAGAAAAAGUCGAUCAGUUGAUGGGCAAGAAACGGACAGAAUUACAGCUCAUCCAGGACACAGCCGAGCGCAAAGGGAACGAACUCAAUCAGGUCCUGCGCGAUGCCGAGGGAGAAAUAAACCUCAAACAACGAGAGCUCAGGGAAUGUCGAGAACAUUUGCGAGAUCUAGAAAUUACCAAGAGCGACCUGGUGACUGCAAUCAAAAGCAAGAGGGGAGAACUCUCGAAAGUUAAAGAGGAAGUGCAAACGGAAGACGAAGUGUUACAGAAACUUAUUGGAUCUGUGAACAAGCACAAAACAGAACUGAAACACGCGUAUGAAAUGCAGAAACUGGAACAAACAAACCUCAACAGUGUCAAAAGUACCCACGCACAAAAAGUGUCCGAACUCGAGAAAACACAGCGCGAACUUAUAGCAGAAAAGGCGGAAUUAGAACAACUUACGGCAGAAAUCAACCGUAAAGCCUCUGAACUGGAACGGUUCCGCCAGGCACUGGACCGUGACCGGCAGGACACUGAACGCCUCACCCUCGACAAACGCUCACUGGAGGACCGCAUAGCGGCCAUGACGCGCGAGAAGGAGAUGCUGGACGAUAACUGUAAAUCACUGGACAACAAAAUUAAUCAAAUGAAAAGAACACACAAUAUAAUAGAAGAAAAAAUGGAAACGUCUGCCAAACGACUGGAGUCGUUAGAGGUAGAACUACGACAACGAGAAAAGGAAAUGGAUGAGGCUAACCAUCAGAGGACAGCUCUACAGAAAGAAAUACACUCCCUCAAACAGACUUCUAAAGAAACUAAAUCAGAACUUAAAGCACUAAAAGAACAUGUAAGAGAAGCAGACGACCAGUCGAGACAUUUAGAACAGGAUCUCCGGGAAGUAACACACCAACGUGACGAAUCUAAGCUGGAGAUGGAACGUAUCAACGAGGCGAUCCGCACGAGUCGACAGUCGUACGAGGAUUACAUACGACAGGAGAAACAGAAACACGAGGACCUUCAGGAACUACUCAAGUCUGUGGCCGAGAAAGAGUUCGAAUACCAGGAGGCGCGCAUGGCUCUCAGCAAAGUAAGAAAAGAGGUGGAGAGAGAGGAGAAUAAACUGAACAAGCUGGUCAGUAAUGCUAACCUUGAACUCGACAAUAUCAGAAGUGACCUUCAUGCUAAACAGUUAGACCUAGAGCAGGCCACUCACUCUAUGGAAAAAUUCAAGAGGGAAACUGAACAACUUCAAGUUAACGAGGAGAAGUUUCAUGAAAUGGAUAAAAUCAUAAAAGAUCUAGAGAGAGAAGUAGCGGAGAGAAACGAGGAGAAGAGUGAGCUGGCCAAGGCUUUGUCACGGUCCUACGAGGAGCUACAGAAACUACGCACAGAGGCUGCCCAGGAUCAUACAAAGACAACAAGAGAACGUCUUCAGAUGGAAAAUGCAAUGCAUGAUAUGCAGGUUCAGUUAGAGUUAGCGAAACAGGAGAUGAAACACAUGCAGAAGAGGACGGCCUCCCAGGUAUCGGAACUCCAGAACAUCGCUGAGGUCCAGUUCAACAAGGCGAACAGACUGGACAGUGAGAUUGCGAGAAUCCGCAAGGACAACAAGGAGAUGAGAAAACAGCUACUAACCCAAAAUGAAAUCCUAGAAACUGAGAAAAUGAUAGAAGACAAACUCAGAGAACUUGAUUUUAACUGUGAACUUGACGACGAGAUUGAGAGUCAAGGUCCUGAAAACUCUUGUCAGAAUGGGAAGUCUUAUGCAGAUGAGAAGCAUGUAGUGGACCAUGAUCAGAGUGAAAAAUUAGAACGCCACCUCGAUUCCCUCAAGGAGAACCUUCCCAAAACAUCUGAGUUGAUGAUGGAGAACAAAGAAAACGUUAUUGACGCCUUAGAAGAUGAUAACAGGAAGGAAGACUUACGAGAGAAGCUCACUCAGGAACAAGAUUAUCUACGGCACCAGCUACAGGACCAGAUGCAGCGCCACGCUGACAACAUGGAGUCUGCACGUCUACAGUCCGAGGGAACCAUAGAAAGUCUCCGCACGAAACUCAACACACUCCAGGAGGUGUUGGUGAACACCGGAGAAUCCAGUUUUAAAUCGUACAGACAGCACAGUCGAGCAAGGUCAAGUUCCCCUGGUCAGUCAGUGCUGGACACAAAGUUCCGAAAGGAUCGUUCACCCAGUCCAAAUUUUUCACGACGAGGCUACCUAGCCCAGCGACCAAGGUCGCGGUCACGGUCAGAAGAACGCUCACUAAGCCCAGCAUUUGCCGAGAGAGAAUUUUUAACAGCGUAGUCAAAGUGAGAGAGAACCUAGGAAACAAAAGGAUUGGAAGAUGCUCCCCAAGUAGACUGGUGCUGAAAUAUUAGAAGAUUAGAAUAGUAGUAACAUUUUAAAUGACAUCAAGGACUAUCAUCCUUCAAUUCUCAUUAAAUAACAAAAUCAUGUUGAGACCAGCAAUUCAUUGGAAAACAUUGGACUGUCAGCAAUAUACAUUGAAAACAUCAGACAUACGGCCAAUUAGAACAAAUCAUGUAAUCCGAGUUUUCUCUUCUUUUCUCUUUUUCAGAAGAUAAAUAAAAAUAUGCAAAAACUUGAAUGAUCUGAUUCCUGUCAGAAACAAUUAGAUUAUACUGAAGCAUCAUGUUAUCAUGAAGAAUGUCAUUAUUUCCAACAACAUAGGGUCUUAAAACAGGGUGUUUGAUGUGCUUUUGAUAUUAUCAUUUGAGGGUUAAAGUGCUGAUUAAGCAGGAAUAAGCGGGGCAAUUGAUGAAAAUAAAAUAGAAUAAUUGCUCAACUUUAUUUCAUUUUAAACAGCAAAUUUUCAAGGUAUUUUUUUUAACGGCCUUUGUGGUCAUAUCUUUGGACACUAAGUUGUUUUAUCUUUGUAGUUUGUCAUUAUGUGCCAGCCACGCAGAUCUGUGAUAUUAUAUAGACUCUAGAUAGCGAGAAGUACUUGUAUUUAAAAAAAAUCCCAAUAUGUUAAGUUUUAGAGUCAUUAAAUUGAUUCUGUGUAUUUAAGACAGUAUAUUUUUUUUUUCAUCUUGUUAUCUCAAAACAUUUAGUGCACAGAUAACUAAUUAUUGCUGUGAUAUUAUUCAUUAAUUGUGAUUUUAUAAAAAACGAAAUCUGACUUAGGAGUCUUUAACGAUACUUUACAAAAUACCCGUCCAUAUCUUUAAUAUAGUAUUUGAUUAUAUUUAUUGCUGAAAUACUGAAGCGGAAGGCUAUUUACUGUCUUAUUUUUACCAAUAACAACAAUUUCAUCAUUACAGAGAAGUUAUUGUGGGGGUUGGGUCGUGUUGUUUAUGGUGUAAGUAUUUCGAACAUUUUGUUUGUUUUUAGAAAUCCUUUUUAUCUAGGUAAGACAUGACUGAAACAAAUUGAAAGUUUGUGAAUAAUAUUAUUGUUUGACGAUGAGUGUAUAAUUUUCAGUGCUUUGAUUUUUUUUCAUUUUUUUUUUUUCAUUUAAAUAUUACGGUUCUACAAUGAGCUUAAUUACAAAAUCAUUGUAAUUGUAGGUUUUAGGAGAUCAAAAUUUCUACCUGCAUUUUGUAGAAAUAUAACACUAUCGAUGUCUUAAUUUAUUAUCUUAUUAUUUCUUUGAAGUCCCUUAUCCAUAUAGGAUCACUUAAAUAGUGUUUGUAUUGGACUCUAAAUGUGUUGUAAAGUAACAUGAAUGUCACAUUCAAUGUUGAUUUCCACAGGGUUGUUACACCAAAUAUACACAAAAAUGCUGGCAUCUGAUUGUAUUAUAGAUAUAUAUACCGGUAUACCCUUUAUAUUACUUGAUCUUCUAGAUGGCAACAACAUCCAAUGAGGCCAGUCUGCUACAGCUAAGCGUAUAUAGUAAAGUGGGUUAGCUAAUUAUGUACUGACAUUUCACCAGUGCACUAUAUAUUUUACAUUACGAUUUUUUUGAGAAAAGUAUUUAUUUUAGAAUUCUACACGUACAGGGAACAAUUGUAUAUUAUGUAAGUUAUUGUACAGUAUUUUGUAAGUAAGGGAUAUUUAUACAUGUAAAUGCUCUGUUUAUCAAACGGAGAGGAAAUUAAUAAAUUAUUUACAAUA